AUGACCAUAUUACCCCCUGCCCCUUUUCCCUUCUCUCCCGCGAACAGGCAGACCAGGCCGACGGAGCUCCGCCGGCCGGCCGCCGCGCGCCGCCCCGGCCCGCGCAGCCGCGAGCCGCUCCUGCCCCCGCCCGUACCGCCGCGCCGCUGCGAGCCGCCCCUGCACGCGCCCCCUCGCCGCCGCGAGGCGUGCCCCUCGUCGCGAUUGGGGAGGCAGGCGGCGCCGCCCCUCCUGCCAUCUUCGAUUCAUCAUCCAUGGACUCCAGGCGGAGCUCCGCCCGCGGCGGCCGUCGUCCUCGGGGAGCACCGCUGCCACUGUGCCGUCUCACCUUUCCAUCGCUGGGGUGAGUCUUGCCGCCCCCUGGAACGUGCCGUGCGCGCGCCCCCAUCCUCUUCUGCCACCGCUCGCCGCCGGCAAGGCCCCGGCCAAGCCUCGCCGUCGCCGCGUCACGCGUGCGUCGUGCGCGCCGCGCGCGGCCUCGCUCACGCGCCGCUCGUUCUGGCCGCGCGUUCUGUUGGCCUGGCCCCGCGCCUUCCGUCGAGCUCCCGGCGUCCACCACCCCCAUGGUGCGUGCGGUGGCCCAUGCCGCCGAGUGCCGCGGCAGGGCCGCCGUGCGGGACGGCUCGCUCGCGGCCUGGCUCCACAUGCUCCGCGCCGAGGCGCUGCGCGGGCAGGAGGUGCUCGACGCCGUUGGCUGCGCACCUCCGCCGUCGCCGACUCCGCGCGGCGCUUCCUCGCGGGCCGAGAAGGCACCAACGGCGAGGAGUCUGCCGUCGCCUGCGCCACCGACAGGCCGUGCUCCGCGAACGCCAGGCAGCCAUCGGGGCACUUGCACAGGAGCUUGAGGAGAAGCAGUACCCGCUCGGCGUCGGCGAGGAGCUCGACGAGGACGUCCACGGCGCCGAUCUCCACGGCCUUGGCGGGCCCGCUUCGGGAGCGCUCCACGACGUCCAGCAGCAUGUCGAGCGUGCAGGAACUAAGGCUCCUGGAGACCUCGUCGGACAGCAGCAUGUCGAUCGUGUAAGAACUAAGGCUCCAGAACGAGCAGCGCGUGAGCGAGGCCGCGCGCGCAGGGGCAGCGAGAGCGGCGGGGUGCGCAAGGCCGGCGAGGUGGACAGGUAAUGGAAAGAGAGAUUUAAGACCUCAAGGGUAGGAAUGUCUUUUUCC